AUGUUAGUCGAACAAAAAUUAACAGAACACCUUCGAACACAUCUUGUUCUGAAGCCACGUGGCAGUCGCCGCCUUGUUAGAAACCACAUUGACACAACUGGCUCCUCCUACCAAGUUGGUCAAAUCCGAUGUACCAGCAGAUGCACUCCACUGAACAGCCAUUGGACUCAAUCCAUACUUCGAUUUCAAUGCUGUCAUCGUGGCAAUUGGACUGACAUCCCAAGCAGUUGUGCUUGUAAAGUACGCGAGAACCUUUUUGGAAGCUGUAGUUGGUUGGGAAAGAUAUCCUUGGAUUGCACUAAGCGCCAAGUUCAGAGUUUGUCCUGGUUGAUCGUCUUGAAGAAGUGUAUCGAUGGCAGAAAGGACAUCGUAUCUGAGAAAGAAUGA